CACGUGUCUGUGUGGGGCAUCGUCAACAUGGUAUAGAUACCAGUACACUUCAACUGUGUUAGCCUGAGUUAGACGUCAGGCUACGGUUUCUGCACGCAGCGUGUUUCUGGACUGUCUUCACACCAGAUGUCAUAGCUACAACUGUAUAGUAAAGUGUGCAGGUUGGGUCUUUUGGAUCUGCUGCUGCUCCCUCUCUGUUUCAUCUCCUCCCCCUCUUCUCACACUGCUCACAUCAAUAUGGCCAGCGGGGAUGAUGAUGACCCCAUUAUAGAAGAGAUUGAUGUGUACCUUGCCAAAAGCCUUGCAGAUAAGCUGUAUCUUUUCCAGUAUCCUGUCCGACCUUCAACCAUGACCUAUGAUGAUGUCAACCACUUGACAGCGAGAAUCAAACCCAAGCAGCAAAAGGUGGAGUUGGAAAUGGGCGUCAACACAAUGAGUCCAAACUACUGUCGCAGUAAGGGAGAACAAAUAGCUCUGAAUGUGGAUGGCACAGGUUUUGAUGAAACCAACACCUUUUCAACGAAAAUGAUGGACAAGCAAACUUUCUCUUCCAUCCAAGCCACUACCAACACCUCCAGAUAUGCUGCUGCCGUGUUUCGCAAAGGUGAGCUUCACAUCACACCACUGACAGGAAUCCUUCAGAUGAGACCCAGCUUCUCUUACCUGGACAAAGCGGACAACAAAACCAGGGAGAGGGAGGCAGCCAAUGAAGGUGGAGACUCCUCUCAGGAUGAAGCUGAGGAAGAGGCCAAGGCCAUCACGGUGAGGUUUUCACGUCCUGAGUCAGAGCAGGCCCGACAGAGAAGGAUCCAGUCCUAUGAGUUCCUCCAGAAGAAGCAGGCAGAGGAACCCUGGGUUCACCUGCGCUACCAUGGGGUCAAGGAUGGUCGCUCAGAGCAUGAACGACAGUAUCUUUUCUGUCAGUCGGUGGACGCUUCUGAGAACUCUGAACUGGUCAAAACUCCAAAGGAGUACCUGGCCAUGCUGAUGCCCCCUCUGGCAGAGGAAAAAGUUGUGAAGCCCGUUGGUCCCAGUAAUGUGCUUUCCAUGGCUCAGCUCCGUACUCUGCCAUUGGGUGAACAAGUCAAGACUCUGAUGAAGAAUGUCAAGGUGAUGCCAUUCGCUAAUCUCAUGGGUCUCCUUGCCUCUGGCACAGACUCGACUUCAGUGCUGCGCUGCAUCCAGCAGGUGGCACUGCUGGUUCAGGGAAACUGGGUUGUAAAGAGUGAUGUUUUGUAUCCUAAAAACACCUGCAGUCCUCACAGCGGCGUCCCUGCUGAAGUGCUGUGCCGUGGAAGGGACUUUGUGCUGUGGAGGUUCACUCUGGAGCGUUCGGUUAUGAGAAAGGAGAUUACGUCCAUCAUCAAACUUCCUCCAGAGGAUGUGAAGGAGUUCCUGGAGCAUGUGUCUACACCUCGGAUCAACCGGGGCUGGGAGUUCCUGUUGUCUACUGAUGUAGAAUUCAUUAAGAAACACCAAGACAUUGCCCACAGGCAGCACAUGCUGUGGCUCGGCAUCCAGAGCAAGUUGGAAAAGGUUUUUAACUUCGUUAAAGAAGACUUUAUGCCAAAGGAUUCCCCUCAGCCUGAGCUCAUUCAUGUCAGUGGAGAGCAGCGUCUGAAGAUGGCCCAGGAGCGAGCGCAAGAGAAGCAACCAUCCCUACAGAAGGACCUGGAUGUCAGAAGGGCAGGAAACGGCAGCCAUGUCAAACAGGACGCGUCCGGUAACAAAGAUGUCGAGCCUAUGGACACAUCGUCCCCUUCCUUACCCAACGGUUCUGUAAAUGGAUACACCAGUGCCACCUCCCCUGGAGUUGAUCACACUAACGGCAACAUGCCGUCCCCAGAGCUCCAGGAGUUUGUGACUAAGACUUUCAGAAAGCAUUUUGUACUGACGCUCAAUGAGUUGAAGAGGCUUUUUAACCUCCAUCUGGCUUCCAUGCCAGCAGGAUGGAGUGUCUUCCACUCCGUCUCGGACCACAUGCUACAGGACGCCGUACUUCUCUGCCACUGCAAACAGAUAAUGGUGCCUUUUCCUGCUCAGAGCACAGCGGCCUCUGAUGAACAGAAGGUGUUUGGUUUGUGGGAAACUGGGGAGGACUAUGACAAACACCGUCGGCUGCUGUACGACCUGUUCACAAAGAACUACCGCAUCAGGAGGAACAUGAUUCAAGCCAAACUGACACAGGAGUUUGGAGACGCACCCAAAGCAGACGUCGACCGGCUACUAAAGGACUGCUGCAUCAGCCACGCAGGAAUGUGGUACCUCAAGGGAACAAUACAGUCUUGACAUUGAGAUGCUUCCCCCCCCACCAUGCAGUCACCGUCAGACAAAUCCUCUCCCGGGUGUCCAGUGGGAGGGCAGUCAAGAGAGACGAGAGCCAAUCAUAGCUCGCCCUGCUCCAAGGGCGGAGCGACUGACAGGGAAGACAAAAUUGUCUUCCCACCCGCUCUGCUCAGAACAUGAAGCUUUGCUCAUUUCAUCUGAAGCAUUUCUGACUUAAAUGGGAGCACGCUGAAGGAAGCGCGGCUGAAAGAAAUGCUGGAGAACCUGAGGGAGAAACUAUGAAUAUUUAAAAAAAGAAAAAAAAAUGAAGAAAAAGCUAGAUAAAUAUACAGUCUAUUAGUAGGUAUUUGGCUUUUGAACUCAUGUGUGAAUAUUUUUGAAUUUCAAGUUUUAUCAGGUCAAGGGGGUGUUUACUAUGGAAGCAAUCAUGGUUCAGAGUGCUGUCAUUUAAUUUUAAUUAUUAUACUUUGCCAGAACAGACAUGUACUUAAAUCAUCAAAGUAGUUAAUGGUUAAGACAUUUUCACUCCUUUUACGUUAAAUCUUUGUCACCCUCAAGACAAACGAGAAAGUGAAGCUGUGAGGUUGGAUAAGUGUGAUGUGCUGUUUGAAUGCGAGUCCACAAACCGGAAAACGUUCCUCAUGUCUUUAUUCAACUGAAAUUACUUGAUGCAUUAUCCACAUCAAAUGUGGCUUGUCCCACGUUUCUGUAUUAUUAAUUUAAAUAAGUUGGAGAGAAAGGGACGAGGAGUUGUUGGUGUGGAGGCUUAUUUUUCUUUGAAUGUGCAGAGUUUCAGAUGGUUUUCCUUUUUGUGAGAGAAACUUGAGUGUCUGAUUUUGAUCAUACAAUUUGAAAUAAAGUUAUGUUAUGAAUCCUCUGAGAAUCGGUGCACAGUACAAACUAAAAAAAAAAGUAGGAAUGGUUGUCAUAGUACUGUUGUCUGGGUGAUGGGGGCAGGUGUUAUGGAUACACGGGUGUAUCACCAUGUGCUUCUAUCUGGAGCCUCCAUCGAAAGUGCCUCUGCCUCAAGGCGUUCAGGACAAACUCCCACACAUUGAUUAUGAUAAAUUACAUAAAAAUGAUGUUUUCUGUUUUAGUGAAAAAAUGUCAAGACUUAAAAAUAUGAGUGAAGGCUAAAUAAAGGUAUUUCUGCAUCAGCAAAGAGGACUAAUUAUUUCCCCCCAUUGGUUUGUUACUUUGCUCAAUAAAUGUAAUAUCACAUUA